GGGGGCGCCGCCCGCCGGCCAGAGCAGAGAUGCGGUGGCGCCUGGUCCCCUGGACGGCGGUGUGGGGCGGCUGCGCCUUCCUGCCAUUGUGCCUGGCGUUGGAGCUGCGGGGCCCGAGCUGCUCCGCCACCGAGUACCAGGAAGGGGGAAGGUGUUGCCAGAAAUGUGGCCCAGGCACCAAGGUGCAGGCGCUCUGCUCCGAGAGCUCAGAGACGCGGUGCGUAGCCUGCGAGGCUCAACAUUUCCAGGCCGGCUGGACCAAGGAGAAGCACUGCGUGCCACAGGCCUAUUGCGAUGAGAAUGCCGGUUUCCUUGUGUUCACGGAAGGGGACGCCACGCGGAACGUCGUCUGCCGCUGUCGGACUGGCACCCACUGCUCCAGCCGGGAGUGCCUGACCUGCAGGGUGAACCGAGAGUGCCCAGCGGGCGAAGGCGUCCAGCGCCAAGCCAAUCAUCUGAAUGACACGGUCUGCAUGGCCUGCCCUCCUGGCUCCUUCUCCAACAUCUCUUCUGCCACCACUCGAUGCCAACCCUGGAGCAGCUGCGAGGCCGGAAAGAUGGUGCGGCUGGCAAACGGGACCCACAGUUCGGAUGUGGUUUGCGGUGUCCUGCCCACACAGCCCCCCCAGGAAGAAGCCAGAAGGACCCACGUGCUGCUGGUAGUUCCCCUGGUGGCUCUCCUUGGGCUGCUGGCGGGGGCCCUGUUCCUCCUCCACCGCCAUCGGAUGCGCCAGGAUCUCUGGAAGCCUCCCCUGAAUCAGCCAGAGGCCCCCUUGGACCACGGGAGGCCGCAACCUGAGGAGAUAGAGGACCCUCCCUUUCCCACUCAGGAGACGCUGCUUGGGGGCCAGCCUGUGGCCCAGGAAGAUGGCAAGGAGAGCCGCCUCGCAGAGCAGGCGCAGUCCUGACCCCCCCACCGCCGGAUGCUUCCCUGCAGGUCCUCCUCCUCCUGCAGGGCUUUGUCCUGGACCCCCCUCAAAAUCAGGCUGGGUGGGGCUUGCCUUGGUAGGGCCUGCCCGCCAGAAAGUGGGAGGGGUGAGGUGGCAUCGCAGGGGGUUGGACUAGAUGACCCUCAGGGACCCCCCUCCCAGCUGUGAUUCUAGGGCAGCAAAGGCACCUUCUGGCCUUGGCCUGCUUCUGCUGCAGCUGCCACCUUGGCAGCAACCCUGCAGACCCGGUGGGGAGAAAAGGGCACCUUGGAGCUCAACCUCUAACCACCGAGGGGCUUCUGUGCGGCAGUCAGAUAAACUCCUGGCUUGGGGGGGGGGCAGCUGUGUGUUCCCCGCCAGCCAGGAAUUAUUCCUCAUUCCCCAAGAGUUGCCCCCUUUUCUCCUGCUCAGCCGUGGAAGGGACUCUCCUUCCCUGGAGCAGAGAUCGGACGGCCAUCUGCCAGGGAUGCUUGAGCCGAGAUUCCUGCAUUGCAAGGGGGCUGGACUGGAUGACCUUUGGGAGUCCCUCCCAACUUCCCAGACUGACUCACAAAGACAGCAGCUUCAAUGGGCUUUGCCCUCUCUUAGGUGGGGGAGCGACCUGAGCCUUGCAGAGUGCCUUCUCCAGCAGAGGUGGGCAGGGAAGGGGAAGCAGCCCCAAAGAUACGGGGUGUGGGGUAUAUUGGGUUCACAGCCCUCUGCCUCUCUGGAGCUUCUGGAGUCACGCUCUGGGCUGGUUGUCCUGGGUGGCAAAGGUGUCACUUUAAACGGAGAGUGUCAAUUCAUGGUUUCUAUAGGAACUAUUUUUUAUAAACCAUUUUUAAUAGGACCGUGUUGUGGGUGUUUGCUGUUCUCUUCCGGCCACAUAGAGUUGGGGAUAAUAACUUGUUUGUACAAUUCCUCCAUCUUCUCUUCCCUGCAAAAAAAAACAUUUUUUUGUUUUCACUGAUUUAAAUCAGAAGCAACAAUCCAUAUUCCGCAAGCCCACCCCAAUUUCUGUAUCUGCCAUGUCGGUCUACGUGGGUCGAGCCGCCUCCAUCCUUCAAGGGAAGGACUGCCUUUCUUGUUACAUUCAUGUUUUUAUACUGUAUUUUAUGCUGCUUCUAUAAUUAAGUGUUUUAUAUUUGUUGUUAGCUGCCCUGAGCCUGGUUUUCUGAACCGGGAAAGGCGGGGUAUAAAUAAAAAUGUAUUUAUUAUUAUUUACUUGUUUCAUCCCAGAAACUGAAUGCGUCUUUUGAGCACACACACACCUGGCUUGCCUUGUGGGGGGGUCUUCAGUUUGGGGUCUGUGGCAGAAUCUCUGCUGCACCCCCAGUAACAUCUUCUGCCUGGGGGGUGGGGGGUGGGCGAAGCUGGAGUCUGUGGGUUCCUGCCUGGUCAAGAGAGCCAUGCCAGGAGAGGCCAAAGGGUGACCCAGACGCCUCUUGCAUCAGAAUGCCUCAUCAUAGAAUCGUAGAAUAGGAAGGGACCCCAAGGGACAUCUAGCCCAACCCGCUGCAAGCCCACUAACAGGGCAUCAGUGAUGUGGCGUGGGUUGCCAGUGCCUGGGGCAAGGCAAAUGUGCUUGGCACUGCCUGCCGAUAGGCUGGAAUGAAGGAGCAAUAGCCUGGCGACCUACUCGAGUGGCACCCGCGAGCGUUGAGCAGGAUGGGGGAUUGGUCGGGAGUAUAUUUCUAACGCCCUGCAGAGGGCACCCUGGCAACCGGCCGUCACCCAAAUCUGCUCCUUGGUCUGCCCAUGUGAAGAUUGGGAUAUUUUCUGUGUGAGGGGGAGGGUCCACUCUUUUUUAUUGCUACUUACUUUUUUCCCCUUUAGAAUUUUGUGCCCCUAAGAGUUGUUUUGCACCCAAGGCAACCAUCCCUGUGGCUUUGCCCCUGCUAUGCCACUGCAGGGCAUGGGGGCAACUGCCCUCCUUCCUGCUGUUGCCCCAGUAGCUGGUGAUGUAGCCUUGAGCCUGGUCCAUCCCUGGCAGGAGGACCGUUCUCCCUGAAUCUCCCCAAGGCCCUCCAGAGGGUUGCUGCUUGCACUGGGUCUGGUGUCCUCAGGUGAGCUGUAACCUGCCUGCCUGCUGGGGCAACGGACAGGAGGGAGAAGCAACCUUUUGAACAGACUGGAAGGUGGGGGAUCCAUGGCUUGGACUAGAUGACUCUUCCAAUUCUAUGAUUCUCGAUUCACUGGAGGUUUUUAAAGGUUGGGUGGCCACCUGUCAGGGAAACUCUUGGUUGGACUAGAUGACCCCUGGGGAUCCCAUCCAACAGUGCAAUUCUGUGGGGUGUUUUUUUUUUUUUUUACUUUCUGGACUUC